CGAGCUUCCAGCACAGCUUUCUGUCCACACUUUCCGCUCCGCGGGUCCGCGGGAAGCGCCAUGUAUUAUGAUCCAGCGGAUCUUCGGGCCAAAUCUUCUCCAUUUCAGGUGCUCUUUGUUGCAGGGGGUCAUGACCAAGAGUCGCUUGCUGCCAACAAACCUGAGACCUUCCCACUGUCUUCCUUGUACUUCUGCGAUAGCUGCUCCAGAAUCGUGUCCAAGAAGGACUUGUCGGAGGAUGUGGAUUCAUACUACUGUCCACACUGCCUCGAAAACAUGCCUUCCAGUGAGGCCAUGCUCUGUGGAAUGCGAUGCUCAAAAUGCUGGGAGUGCCCAGUUUGUUCCAGCACUUUGACACCCUGCAUUGCGAACCCGAGUUCCAAGGAACAAACAUAUCAUUUUGCUUGUAGCUACUGCAGAUGGAGUUCCAAAGGUAGACAGGAAGCCGACAAACCCGAACAGCUCAUCACUGAAAUUGUGUCCUUAGAACGGGAGAGCCAGCCUCGACAGCGCAUGAUGGCCAUGUUGGAAGCCUUUCGUACCAAGGCCCAGGAGCAGCAGCGGGAGAAGGAGCUGGCGCAGCGCCUGAAGCGUCGCGCCUCGGCCAGGGCCUCCUUCAGCGCCGCGUCGCUGACGGCCUUCGCCGCGCGGCGCUUCAGCGCGGCCGUGGGGCUGCGGCAACACGCGCGGCUGCCAGGGACCACGGAACUCACUGGGGAGAGCAAGAAAGGCCAGUGGAAUGUGGAGGAUUUGGAGGCCAAACUGGCGGAGCAGGCAGAAAAGAGCACAGAUCUAAGGGCAGAAGCCUAUUUGCUGGCAGAGUCGGCCAAAAAUGCGCCUGAAGCCAGUCCGAUUUCUUCUCCAGAGGCCAAAGACAGCCCCAGCAAACGCUUCAGUUUUAGCAGCGCUGCGGGUGUUGAAGGGCCUCCGGUGCUGGCAGGCCUCUCAGUAGAGGAGUUGUUGCGCUCUCAUCGUGAAGCCCUGCCGAACCUUGAGGGUCAAUGCCUAUUGGAUGAGUUGCAAAACAGCAUCGACACCGACACAACCCCCCAGACUCAAAGCAGUCAAGGCGCCUGUGCCAGCCAAAGCAUGCGACUCUCGCAGAUUUCCUAUGGCUACCAUGGCGUGUCUGUGAAACCACCUACCAGUUCCGACACUUCCGGGGCAGGUACUGCAGGCACGAAGGGCUCCACUUUGGUGAACGGUCUCCACAAAGGUCAGUCACAGUUGGAAGCACCGCUCCAGCACCGAAACGCCUGGAAACUCCUGCCUUUAAGGAAGCCACUUCUCACCAAACGUUCGCGUCGAUGCAAGCUCCUGAGUCCUGGUGAGACCAGUGAAGCCAAAACCUGCAAGGGGCUGGUGGUGAAACCUCAGAUCAACCCUUGCGCCAAUCCACCCUUUCAGAAGAACAGCGUGGCCAUGAAUUUCGUGCCGCGCUGCUUGCCAUGGAGUUGCCGUGAAGACGCUGGAAACUACGAAUUGGUCCUGAUUCUCGCGAAUCCCAUGGAGAGCGAUGUGGAGCUUCAACUCGAUCCCUCAGCUUUCAAUGGAUUCUCCGGAGGAAAAGCCGGUGGCUAUGGCUCAGACUGGAGCCCAUUGCUGUCCCAACAAAAUGUGGAGGUUUCAACCUCCCCCUUCAGCACCGUCAUCCCAAAGUUUCUGGAUCUCACUGAAGCCACGGAGGUCUUUGAGGAUGAGGCCAAACAGUUGCAGCAACAGGAUGACCCAGAUGUGAUCCUUGACCGAAAACUGAACAAGAUCCUGGUGCGCUUGCGCUUUCGCAAAGUCGAAUCGCCACCCACGCCACAGGACGCAAGUGGAGCUAAGGCUGGCUGGGCCUUCUUCAUUAAGAUGACUAUGAAAUUCAGCGUGCGCUUCAGUGCUGAGGAAGUCAAGGUCCAUGAGCUUCAGCUUGUGUUGAGCCUCAGAUCGACCUGAGCAAAAAGAUGGGGCUGACACAACUGUGCCAUCGAAACUGGCAUUACAAAAGCACCGUAUACAACAUACAAU